AUGGGAAAGCGAAAAGAACAACCCGGCGACGUCGCCAUGGGCGGCACCCAGCCUCCCGUAGGUGACGACGAAUCCGACGAAGACGUGGACAUGGUGAACGUCGACUUUGAAUGGUUCGAUCCGCAGCCUGCCGUCGACUUCCACGGCCUCAAGAACCUCCUCCGGCAGCUCUUCGACGCCGACGCCCAGAUGUUCGACAUGUCGGCGCUCGCGGACUUGAUUCUGUCGCAGCCAUUGCUCGGCUCGACGGUCAAGGUGGAUGGGAACGAGUCCGAUCCGUAUGCGUUUCUGUCUGUACUGAAUAUGCAGGAACACAAGGACAAACCCGUCAUCAAGGACCUGACCAACUACCUCAAAACCAAAUCCGCAACGAACCCAUCCCUCUCCGCACUCCACUCGCUCCUCUCCCAAACCCCCAUCCCACCCAUCGGCCUCAUCCUCACCGAGCGUCUGAUCAACAUGCCCUCUGAGGUGAUCCCGCCCAUGUACAACAUGUUGCUGGAAGAAGUCGCCUGGGCCAUUGAGGACAAGGAGCCCUACACCUUCACACACUAUCUGAUUGUCUCCAAGAACUACGAGGAAGUCGAGUCGAAGCUGGACCUCGAGGAAUCGCGGCCUCAGAAGAAAAAGAAGAAGGGCGGCGCCGACCACCGCGAGCGAUUUUACUUCCACCCCGAAGACGAGGUGCUGGAGCGGCACGCGCUAUGCUCGGGUUCCAUUGAGUACACGCACAAGCAGGACGAGGGCCACUCGGACUCGAAGCGCGCGUUCCAGGAGCUGGGCAUUCGGACGAAUGGGAGCUUGGUCCUGAUUGAGGCGGCCAAGUUUGAAGGCGCGGUCAAGGCCGUGACGGAGUAUUUGAACCCAUCAUGA